GUUCGAGGAAGAACCCAAUUGACAUUUAUAUUAUGUAAACUAUCGAAAUCAGCAGUGAGUUAUUUAAGCUAAAUGGAUAAUUUUCAACAAUUUGCACGUUUUAACUUGAUUUCGAGAAUAUAUAAAAGGAAAUGAAGUUCAAACUUUGAACAACGGCAAAAAUGGAACUCAUAAGGUCCUGUUUUUAUUUUCUCUUAUUUGUCUACUUUGGAGCGCAAGGUUUUUCAUUUGAUGAUCACCUUAGGAUAAGGACGGUUCAGAGAAAUGAAGGUCAAGACAAUUGUCUGACGGUUGAGCGGAUGGGAGCUUGUAUGCGCGGAAAGGUUGGCGAUCCACCUUUCAACAAGACAUCCGAUGGAACAAUCGUAUUCGCCGAAAAUGUCUUUUCUCGUGCGUGCAGCUUAUUUACUGAACUAAGUAAGUGCUACAACAGCUUUGGACUCACCGACUGCGAUCCACUACUGCCCAUCUAUGUCAAGAAGUCACGUGAUGUGGCAAAUUUGGUUUGUCGUAAUGAAGACAAUUGGACUUCGCUGUUAGGAUGUAUGAAUAAGAGGACUUUUCAGACUGCAGUUAUAACCUUGGCAAACUCCGACAACGAACAAGUCAAUGCUGAAAAUAUAUGCUCGACUGCAAAUGAAAAACUAAAUGAAUUCCUGCAAUCUACACGUACAGCUUGUGGAGAGGAAGACUAUACAACGAUAAAGACGGCGCUAAGCAGAGAUGCCUUCGUCUUAGUUAGUACAUUCGGGAUCCCGCGUUACCCCGAGCAAUGUGACUUUCAAGUUGACGAGACGCCUUUGUCUGCUCUGUAAAGAUGCCGAAGCUGAUCCAUGAUGAAACUGAUUUCAUGAACGACAACCGACUGAAUUGAAUCUUAAAUAAAU